CCUGCGCCAUAUGAUUCAUCCGCCCGCUAAUUGUAAAGUUGCGCGACUAUUAUUCAAGAGAAACGGCCCAUUAUAUACUACUAAACUACUACUACUCAUCACCACCAUCACUCAAUCGAUAUCCUCUCUAAUUCAUAACAAUUGACUUUUCAAUUAAUACACACACAAUGGCCCCGGCUUUCCCUGAAAAGAAGUGCGGUGUUCUGGGCUGCACCGGCUCGGUGGGGCAGCGAUUCAUUCUGCUGCUCGCACUGCACCCCCACUUCAAGCUGCAUGCUGUCGGCGCUUCGUCGAGGUCAGCAGGCAAGAAAUACAAGGAUGCUGUCAAGUGGAAGCAGUCGCUGCCCAUGUCCAAGGAGAUUGGCGAGCUCGUCGUGAAGGAGUGCAAAGCGGAGGAAUUCAAGGACUGCGACUUGAUCUUCUCCGGACUUGACAGCGACGUCGCUGGAGAAAUUGAGACGGAAUUCAUCAAGGCUGAUCUCAAGGUCUUCUCCAACGCCAAGAACCACCGCAAAAACCCCCUUGUCCCUCUUGUUGUGCCGACUGUCAACCUUCCCCAUUUCGAACUCAUCCAUCACCAGCGCAAGGAAUAUGGUCUGAACCAGGGCUUCCUGGCAUGCAACUCCAACUGCUCCGUCAUUGGCGUUGUCAUCCCCUUUGCUGCCCUCCAGGCCAAGUUCGGCCCCGUCGACAUGGUCAGCGUUGUCACCUUACAAGCCAUUUCGGGAGCUGGCUAUCCCGGCGUCAGCGGCAUGGACAUGCUGGACAAUGUCGUGCCCUACAUUUCUGGCGAGGAAGACAAGCUUGAGAGUGAGGCGCGCAAGAUUCUGGGAGGCGUGAACCAGGAGGGCACCGCCUUCGUCGAGCAGUCCGAUCUGAGAAUCUCCGCGGCUUGUAACAGAGUGCCCGUCUUGGACGGCCACCUUGCCUGCGUGUCGCUCAAGUUUGCCAAGCAGCCCGGUCCCUCCGCCGAGGAGGUCAAGAAGGCCCUGAGCGAAUAUGUUUCUGAUGCGCAGAAGCUCGGAUGCCCCUCGGCACCCAACAACGCCAUUGUCGUCAUGGAAGAGGACGACCGUCCCCAGCCUAGACUCGACAGAGAGACGGACAGAGGGUAUGCCGUCAGCGUCGGCCGUGUCCGUGAGGACGAGGCUGGCAUUUUUGAUAUCAAGUUUGUUGCUCUCAGCCAUAACACCAUCAUCGGUGCCGCCGGCUCAUCCAUUCUCAACGCCGAAGCUGCUGUUCUCAAGGGUUUUGCCUAAGCGAAAUAAAAAAUUUCCUACACCUUUUGUGUAUUUUUUAGAUAUUUACGUCCUAUCAUCAUGUAGAAGAAUUACGAAACUGCCAUUUCAGAAGAAAUCUCAUCAUCAUCAUCAUCAUCA